GGAAGAUCCCUGCUGAAUGUAAAGGGAGGAGAUGGCUUUGAUCUUGGCCUGGACCCUGAUUUUUCCUAUAUUCUCCUUCCUGGGAUGUUUCUCCUUAAGCUCAGCUUCGGCAGAGGACAACGCUUUUCAUUUUGACACUGAAGAGAGCUCAGCCCACGGUAGCCAAGACAAUAGCCUUCUCAGAGGGCAGCAGCAAGCUAUAGUUUUUACAAGCUGGUCGCAUUUUGCUGAGAAAUGCCAAGAAGGGUUUUUUCACACCAUUUCAGGCCACUGCAGCCCCUGCAACUGCAAUAACAAUGCCUACAAGUGUCUUGAUGGAUCUGGUAUUUGUGUGGACUGCCAAAGAAACACAACUGGAGACCACUGUGACCAAUGUCCAGAAGGCUACCUGGGUGAUGUGACCAGAGGGGCACCCAGCUUCUGCCAACCUUGCCCUUGUCCCUUGCCUCUGGUGGCCAACUUUGGAGUCUCCUGUUACAGAAAAAAUGGAGUGGUGCGCUGUAAAUGCAAAGAACAUUAUGCAGGAUCAAACUGUGAAAGAUGUGCUCCUGGUUAUUAUGGAAACCCUUUGGUGAUUGGCAGUUCUUGCAAAAAAUGUGAUUGCAGUGGCAAUUCGGAUCCUAACUUGAUCGUUGAGGAUUGUGAUGAAGUGACAGGCCAGUGUCGCAACUGCAUGCCUAAUACCACAGGGUUCAAUUGUGAACUCUGUGCUCCUGGUUAUUAUGGGGAUGCUAGAAUAGCCAAAAAAUGCACAGCAUGCAACUGUGGAGGAGCACCUUGUGACCGUCGAACAGGACACUGCCUCGGAGAACCUCCCAUGCCUCCUCCAGUCACAGAUUGCCCGGAUAUCAGCUGUGACAAAUGCAUUUGGGACUUGACUAAUGAUAUCAGCCUGGCAGUCCAAUCCAUGGAGGAAAGCAAAGAAAUUCUGCUAAGCAUCUCCACUGGAGUUGCAGCUCACAGACACUUGCACGACCUCAAUGCCACUACUCUUAUCCUCAAGGCAAAAUUCUCUGAGAAGAACAAUCAUUCUGCUCUUCAGACAACCCAGGUUGAUAAUGCUGUAAAUGAAAUGACAGAAUUUCUCAGGAAAAUUGAUGCCCUUGAUGAAAAGAAAAAUCAAGAAUCAAGCAAAGGUCAGCAGCUGCAGAAGGAAACAAUGGAGACCAUUAAGCGUGCUACUAUUCUUGCACAGGAGCUUGGAAAUAUUGUAGAUAAGAUUCAAGAAAUUGGCAGCAAGGCAGAAUACUAUGGGGUUGAGCAUGAUUUGAGGCCUGAAGAUAUUGCUCAGAAGGUCAAAGCAGCAGAGGAGAUGCUGAAGGACAUCAGACUUCGCAGACCGUUCACCUUCCAGAGGCAACUUGCUGAUGAAGAGUCUGAAGCAGCUCAAGACCUAUUAAGGAAAGCUGAAAGUUGGGAACAGAAACAUAAUGAAACCAGAUAUUUGAUUCCUGACAUAUUGGAUCAGCUUGGGGAACACAACACCAAGCUCACAGACUUGCAAGAGGCUUUGCACCAAGUUAUUGAUGACAUCAGAAAAACAGCCACUACAAAUAACGAAAGCAUUGCUAAGCUCCAAGUGCAUGAGAAGCAACAAGAAAUAUUGGAGGACGAUAUUGACACUCUCAACAAUACUCUGGGAAUGGCCACAGAAAUUUUAAAUGUUUCACAUGGAAUCAUCUUUGAAGUGAAUGAAGCAAUACAGAAUGCAUCCAGGUUUUAUGCAGAAAUAGAUGGCGCUAAAGUGCAGCUACAGAACAAACAGGCCAACUACUCAAGGUUUGAUGAAGAUUUGGUUGAAAAAGCCAUGAAAUAUGCACAGGGCCUUCAAGACCUUGCAGAUAAACUGGAGAGAACUUUUCAUGGUAUUGACACAAACGGAUUAGUACAGAAAGCACUAAAUGCUUCCAAUGUACAUGAAAAUAUAAUUAAUUAUAUUAAUGAAGCCAAUCAAAUGUCUGCUUUGGCAUUAAAUACUACAGAACGAGUCAGUGAUGCUGCUGUUGGAAUUGACACUCAGAUAACCUUCCACAAAGACAAAAGCACAAUGCUUCUUGGUGAAGCCAAAAAACAGCAAGGAAAAGCCAAUGCUAAUGUCUUUAAUGUUGAAGAAACAGGCAGAGAGAUUAAUGAAACCCUUGACAAGAAGAAUGAUGUUAAAGGCCGUUUCAUGAAAGUCCUCAAAAAAAUGCAUACAUCAGAGCAAGAUCACACAAAGCAGUUUGAGCAGUUGCAAGCUAUUGCUACUCAAGCUAAAGAAACAGCUGCAACCAUAACCUCCACCACAGAUCCAAUGACUGAGAAUGUGACAAAAUGGUCAAAAGAUCUGCGCAACUUUAAACCUGAAAGAGCAGCUUAUGAACGUGCCACAGUCACAACUAGGGAUACAGUGAGGAGUCUCACAGAACUUGUUCCACAGCUUCUAGAUAAGCUGCGUAUAGUAGAAGAGAAAAGGGCUGCAAACAAUGUGUCAGCCAGCAUCCAGAGGGUCCGAGAACUCAUUGCACAGACCAGGAGUGUGGCUAACAAGGUUCAAGUCUCAAUGACAUUUGAAGGUCGCUCAGCAGUUGAAGUCAAUCCUCAAAUGAAUGUAGAAGACUUAAAGGCUUUCACAUCUUUAACUUUGUACAUGAAGUUUUCUGAAAAAAAUCCACAGAGAAAAAAGCCUCAAGAUCAGUUUGUUCUGUAUUUAGGAAGCAAAAACACAAAAAAUUAUGUGGGUCUUGCAAUUAAGAAUGGGAACCUGGUCUACGUUUAUAAUUUGGGUGCUGGUGAUGUGAAUAUACCUCUAGAUUCCAAGCCAAUCAGCUCUUGGCCUACACAUUUCAAUCUGGUUAAAAUAGAGAGGAUUGGCAAGCAUGGCAAAGUGUUUUUGACAAUCCCUAGCCUUACCAGCACAGCUGAGGAAAAGUUUAUCAAUAAAGGAGAGGCUCCAGGUGAUGCUUCUUUAUUGGAUCUGGAUGCUAAAAAUACUGUUUUCUAUGUGGGAGGAGUGCCUCCAGAUUUUAAGCUCCCUCCAAGCUUGGACUUGCCUGACUUUAUUGGCUGCCUGGAGCUUGCUACGCUGAAUGAUGAUGUCAUUAGUCUGUAUAAUUUCAAAAACAUAUAUAACAUUACCAAAUCAGUACCUUGUAUCAGAGAUAAACUGGCCUUUACACAGAGUCGAGUUGUAAACUAUUUCUUUGAUGGAUCGGGUUAUGCUUUGGCAAAGAAUAUUGAGAGCAGAGGGAAGUUUGGGCUUGUGACUCGUUUUGAUAUAGAAGUCCGAACACCAAGUGAUAAUGGUCUUCUCCUUCUGAUGGUUAAUGGAAGUAUGUUUUUCAGCCUGGAGAUGCAAAAUGGAUACCUGUAUCUGCAGUAUGAUUUCGGCUUCAGUACUGGCCCUGUGAUUCUAGAAGAUUCUAUGAAGAAGGCUCUGAUUAAUGAUGCAAAGUUCCAUGAGAUAUCUGUCAUAUAUCAUAAUUCCAAGAAAAUGAUCUUGGUAGUGGAUAGGAGACAUAUAAAAAGUAUGGAAAAUGAAAAGAAAAGCAUGCCAUUUAGUGAUGUCUAUAUAGGAGGAGCUCCUACUGAGAUUUUAAAAUCUAGUGGUGUCAGCUCGCACCUGGCUAUCAGUACUCCCUUUAGGGGUUGUAUGAAAGGCUUCCAGUUCCAAAAGAAGGACUUCAACUUGUUGGAAGAGCCAGGCACCCUGGGCAUUGGUUAUGGCUGUCCUGAAGAAUCACUUAUGUCCCGCAAAGCAUAUUUUAAUGGUGAAAGUUAUAUCGCAUCCAGCCAGAAAAUCUCUCCUUUUCAUGCAUUUGAAGGUGGCUUUAAUUUCCGAACUUUACAGCCUAACGGACUGUUGUUUUAUUGUGUCGAAGAUUCAGAAGUGUUCUCUAUUUCCAUGGAAAAAGGAAAUGUGGUAUUAAAUGCAAAAGGAGUCAAAGUUCAGACAGCAGACAAAUCCUUUAAUGAUGGAAAGGCCCAUUUUGUCAUGACAACGAUCUCACCUGAAAAGUUUGAACUUUUGGUAGAUGAAACAAGACAAAGCAAAAAUAAUCCAGCAAAGGAUACAACUGAGAGAAAGCCUGUAAGCACCAAGAAAUUCUACUUUGGGGGUUCACCCCUCAGUACACAAUUAGCAAACUUUACUGGCUGCAUAAGCAACGCCUAUUUCACAAGAUUAGAUCGAGAUAUUGAGGUGGAAGACUUCCAACGGUAUCCUGAGAAAGUUCAUGCCUCUCUUUAUGGAUGUCCAGUGGAAUCUCCUCCAGUUGCCCUUUUUCAUAAAAAAAGAAAAAAUUCCUCCAAAGCCAAGGAAAGCCACAGCAAAAGGGCUGAAAAAAAUAAAAAAGGAACAUCCCCUUUCUCAUCUACUAUAAAUAAAAGAGAACAAGAACUGAGAAAUCAGAGGGACCCACACUGCCACUUCUCCGAUAAUCCGAAAGCAACUGAACAGGCCUAUCUCUUUGGUGGGACAGCAAAUAGCCGGCAAGAGUUUGAUUACUUACCAGAGGAUUUCUAUGAAAGAUCUCAGUUCUCCAUUAGUCUAAAGACUCAUUCAUCCCAUGGAAUGAUUUUCUACAUUGCUGAUCAAGCAGAGGAACAUUUCAUGGCCCUCUUUAUUGCCCAUGGACGACUUAUUUAUAUGUUCAAUAGAGAUCACCAGAAAUUAAGAAUUCGAACCCAAGAGAAGUACAAUGAUGGCCGGUGGCAUAAUGUAAUGUUUGUUCGAGAGAAGAAUAUUGGUCGUUUGAUUAUUGAUGGCCUCAGAGUACUAGAAGACAGUCUUCCUUACUCCGAUAAUACAUGGCCAGUUACUACUCCUUUCUACAUAGGGGGUGUGGCACCAGGAAAAGCUGCUAAAAAUAUCCAGAUUAACUCUGUGUACAGUUUUAGUGGUUGUCUUGGCAGUCUACAGCUCAACGGAAAGCCAGUCACUUCUCCUUCACAGACCUUCAGUGUAACACCUUGUUUUGAAGGACCAUCAGAAGAAGGAACCUAUUUUUCAUCAGAAGGGGGCUACAUUAUACUUGAUGAAUCAUUUAGCUUGGGCCUGAAAUUUGAAGUUGUUUUUGAAGUCCGCCCUCGGAGCAGUUCUGGAAUACUAAUGCAUGCACAUAAUGUAAAUGGAGAGUUCCUGAACAUACAUAUGAAACAGGGACAGGUUAUUGUGAAACUAAACAAUGGCAUUAAAGAUUUCUCAACUUCGGUUACACCAAAGCAAAGUCUCUGUGAUGGCAGAUGGCACAGAAUUGCAGUUAUUAGAGACGCUAAUGUGGUACAACUAGAUGUUGAUUCAGAAGUGAAUCAUGUAGUGGGACCAUUAAACCCAAGAGCAAUUGAUCACAGAGAGCCCGUAUUUGUUGGAGGAACACCAGAAGCUUUCCUGACAUUCAGCCUGACCACACGUAAUUCCUUUACUGGAUGCAUCCGUAAUUUUAUGAUUGAUGAAAGGCCAGUGAUUUUCAGUAAGGCAGCUUUGGUCAGUGGUGCUGUGAGUAUCAACAUAUGUCCUGCUGUGUGAAAGGCUGAUACUACAAAACUACAAGGAUAUAUACAGCACUGAAGAAACGGCAAAAGCGGUGCGGAGUUCAACUUUCAAUAUCAGAAGAAUUAAAAUAUAUCACUCAUUUUAAAUACAUGAUACAGCAUAAAGCUUGCAAUCAUUAGGAGAGCUUUGUACACUUUUUUUGCGGGGGGGGGAAUGCAGAUUCCUAACCUGUAUUGGAAAAGAAACAUCUCUGCAGUAUUCUAACUGGGGAAUGAAAGUGACCAACCCAGUGAGCAGAAAUAUAAUAAUUCCACUACAGUACAGUAAUGAUCGCAGGCAUGCCUGACUCUGCAUUUGUCAACAUUUCAGGAUCAAAUGACUUAGUAGCUGUGGGUUUCAGCUUCAAUCCACUAGAUAUCAUUUUAUCCCGUUAGAAGUUUGAUAAUCUUCUGUUGGAAUGUCCAGGUGCUGUGUCUUGGGAUAAGUUAAUUCUGUUCACGGUGUGCUUUGCUUCAUGUAUCUUACAGAAUAAACUAUAUAACAGACAUGUUUCAC